GAGGAAGUCAGAACUAGAAGAUCUUUGCUCGAAGAAGUCUCCCCACGAAAGCCGCACUUGCUUAGUUGUUGCUACGGGGUGAACAGGUCUAGCUCUUGCACGCAGUCCAACCGCGCCGAGCUCACGCCUCACGAACGCCAUCGCACGACGAGCAACAAGUCGCCGCCACUUCCACCACCACCACGGAGAGAGCUGGAGGCUUGUCGGUUGCUCUUGCGGAACAAAGUUGCUGGCCAGCUCCGCUUGCCACCAUGGACACGGACGAAUACAGAAAACGGGGCAAGGAAAUGGUCGACUACAUCGCGGAUUACCUCGACACCAUCCGAGACCGGCGUGUUUUCCCUGACGUGAAGCCCGGGUACAUGCGCGAGCUGGUGCCCGAGCAUGCCCCCGAGGACCCCGAGCCCUGGGAGAACAUUUUCAACGACAUUGAACGCGUCGUCAUGCCCGGGGUCACGCACUGGCAGUCACCUUACAUGCAUGCUUACUUCCCGGCGCUCAACUCCUACCCGUCGCUGCUUGGAGACAUGCUUGCAGAUGCCAUAAACUGCCUCGGGUUUACUUGGGCGUCGUCGCCCGCCUGCACGGAGCUCGAGAUCGUGGUGAUGGACUGGCUGGCCAAGAUGCUAGGCCUACCCGAGCACUUCCUCCACAGCUACAAGGACUCACCCGGCGGCGGCGUCAUUCAGACAACAGCCUCAGAAGCGACGUUCGUGUGUCUGCUGGCGGCGCGGACGGAGGCCAUACAGAGGUACCAGCAGGAAUACCCUGAUCUGGAGGACGCCGAAAUUAAUUCCCGUCUCGUCGCGUACUGCUCUGAUCAGGCUCACUCAUCGGUGGAAAAAGCCGGACUCAUCGGGCUGGUGAAAAUGCGGUACAUAGAGAGCGAUGAGAACUUGACCAUGCGUGGCGAUAAGGUCGUCGAAGCUAUUCAAAACGAUAGGGAAAAGGGCCUUAUUCCUUUCUUCUUGUGCGCCACUUUAGGCACGACUGGCUCAUGCUGCUUCGAUAACUUACGCGAGCUGGGACCCAUUUGCGAACAGGAGGAACUGUGGAUGCACGUGGACGCUGCCUAUGCCGGAACUGCUUUCAUCUGCCCCGAAUUCCGCUACCUGAUGGACGGGAUCGAGUACGCCCACUCCCUCGCCUUCAACCCGUCCAAGUGGAUGAUGGUCCACUUCGACUGCACGGCCAUGUGGGUGAAGAACAGCGGUUCUCUCCACCGCACUUUCAACGUGGACCCGAUCUACCUCCAGCACGAGAACUCAGGUCUUGCAAUUGACUACAUGCACUGGCAAAUCGGUUUGAGCAAAAGGUUUCGUGCUCUCAAACUGUGGUUUGUUAUCAGGAGCUUCGGUGUCGCUGGUCUUCAGAAACACAUACGAGAGGGCGUGAGAAUGGCGCAAAAGUUCGAGGUGUUCGUGAAGAGCGACCCGCGGUUCGAGGUCCCGACGCCGCGAUACCUGGGAAUGGUCGUGUUUCGGCUGAAGGGCGAGAAUGAACUGACAGAAAAACUGCUGAAAAAGAUUAACUCCUCUGGAAAGCUCCAUUGUGUGCCAGCAUCUCUCAAGGGGAAGUAUGUUAUUAGGUUCACGGUGACGUCGACCUACACCACUGUCGAGGACCUCUCCCGCGACUGGGCCAUCAUCCGCGCCACCGCCUCCGAAGUCCUCAGCAAGACACCCGCAGAAGAACACAAGACGCGCGUGUUCCUAAAAGACACCCGCAAGAACCCGGACUUCGGUACGUCCCUCCUCCUCGCCAACUCCCCGAUGUCGCCCAAGAUCGUGAACGGCUCCUUCGCCGCCAUCUUCGACAACAACGACGUUCUCUUCGAGUUCGCCAAGAAACUCCAGCAGCUCAAGUUCGACGUCAAGGAUUCGCCCGGCAAAGCCAUGAGGAGGCGCAUCAAGGGAAUGCUCAUGGCCGGGAAGCAGUACUCCCUCGACUCCCGCAUGGACCUCGUCACGACCCUGGUGAGCUCCGCCAGGCCUGGGGAGAACAUGCCCACCAUGAGGGAAAACAGCGUGGAAAUGCAGGACUUCCAGGAACAGGGCGUGGACACAGCUGUGCAGACGGAGGGCGGCUACAGUCCCUCGCGAGGGAGGUCGCGAAGCGUCGACGAUGGCAUCAUCACCCCCGACUUGAAGGCACUGGAGCUGGACGAGGCCAUUGCGGAGGCGGAAGGGGAGUCCUCCUCUCCCGAGGGUGAGGUCAACCACAGAUCCCGGACCCUGAACGGCAACGUGCACGCCAGCAUCUGCCACAAGUGCGGUUCCGCCAUUGCAGCGCAGUGAGGAAGAGGAAGGCCUGCCACUUCGGUGAAAGAGAAAUUGGUCUAUUACCAAAUCACUCCGCCUUCCCUUCCAUUGACUCAUGGAGUUUUUAACAGAACAUCCUGAUUUUGUUCGUACCUUCAAGAUUACGUAUUUACUCACACUACUCUAGUCAUAUUUCAGGAAAAAUGCAUGCUCAGUGUGACCACGGGUCACAUAAGUGCUUACCUAAAUGACAUUGUUCUUACUUACAGGAUUAUAUACGUUAUUAUCAUCCAAAGAUAUGAUUUUUGUCUAAUGAUAUUAUUUUUGUCGUCGUUGUGUUUUCGAGCAUUGCUCCAGGAUUUCCAUCAUAACCUGAAUGUUUUUGUGUCAUUGGCUUCGUCACGGGUCGGAGGUAAAGGCCGAAAUAGAGUAGAAUUGAUGUUAAGAUGUUAUAGUUGUAUCGUUUUCAACAUAUGAUAAUAUAAUAUGUAAUAUAGAAACAAAAUUUGUUGUUCAGGAAGAGUUUUAGUGGCGCGUGAAUACACACACGUACCAGAAUAUAUUAAACCCGUGUA